CAGCGCUCGCCAGAGCCGGUAACAUGACGGUGCAUGCCGGUGUGGAAUCAGGAGCCCGCCUUUGCCUCUGCUCUCGACCUGCUUCUGCUUAACAUUCAGCUUUGCGACAUUGUAUAAACACUGCAACCUUUGGUGUAUCACCGGAACCUAGGGAAAGUUCACGCCACCAUGGCCGGAGCAUGACCACACCGCCGAUCACUUUCUUGUCCCUGAGCUAGCCGUAAAUAUGCAACAUACCAACAAACUACGGACGUCGCGGAAGCAGGCACUAUUCGAAAGCCGUCGCGAGCGAGAGUUCUACAGAUAUUUCGAGCCCAUUCGGGCUUUGACAGAAGAUGGCCCACCUUUGUGCGACUUCCGUGAUGAAGCGUCGGUCAGGAAUCACCGGCCCUUCUCUUCUCCAGAUCGCGCCCUUACAGCCUUUUGCCAACUCGGAGCUCUGCGGCUGGGUACUCGCCGAGCAAUGUUAUUCUUCUUCGAUUCCAACAACGCGUAUGUUCUGGCCGAGGCUACGAGGAGUCUCUCGUUGGUUGAUGAUUCCGUUCACGACAUAGAGGACCAGCUCUGGCUCGGUCACUCCGUGAUCCCUAGGGGCUAUUCAAUCUGUGAGGAGACUGUUUGCAGGCUACCAUCCAUCGACGAGCAGGACCUGGACUCCCCAGACCGAAGCAUGAUUCACGUUAUCAAUGAUAUCGACCAGGACGCCCAGUUCUGCGACAGGCCUUUCGUUGUGGACGGGCCCAAGGCCAAAUUCUACGCUGGCGUUCCCAUCACUACCUCGAAGGGUGUGAACAUUGGUGCAUAUUGCUGUCUUGAUGAUCGAAAACAUGACGGUCUUGAUGCUAAGGGCAUGGCAUUUCUCCGGGACAUGGCGGCCACCGUCAUGACGCAUCUUGAAAUGGUGAGGGCCAAGUCCGAAUCCGAACGAGGCCAGCUUAUGGUCUCUGGACUGGGGGCAUUUAUCGAAGGCGCACCAAGCCUUCAGCGCUGGGAGGAAGAAGCGGAGCGUAGGGAACGUCGAAAGCGCCAGUAUCGGCCGCCCUUUUCUACGACACCCUCUACAGCGCCGAAAGGAGGAGAUACGACGUCGACCAUUGUCGAGAACGCACAGCGAUCCCACAAUGCGGACUUGGUUCCGUCCGUGGAUAGACCAGCCGUCGAUACGACCCCCAGUAUUCCAGCCGUAUCUGUCCAAGCCUCGCAAUGCGCCAAGACGAGUCGCCAGAGUGAGGAUCUCAGAGAGCAUCUUGUGUCAUCGAGCGUUAAAACUGCGUUCCAGCGUGCAGCUAAUCUGUUGCGGGAAGCGGUGGACGUAGAUGGCUGCGCAUUCCUGGACGCUACGCCUGGCACUUAUGGUGGGCUUGUCGAAACGCACGACGGCAGCGAUCAAAGUCAAACUUCGGAUGCUCAAACGAGCAGUCCCGACGCUACGAGCACGGAAGGCGAAAGUCAAGCGCUUGGAAAGCGGAGCGACAGCAGAGAUGCGCCUUGCAAAGUACUUGCAGCAUCCCAUGCACCAGAGCACUGCUCUGACCAUCUGGAGGCACUUCAGACCGAUAUGCAGGCCACUAACAUUACGGAGAAGUUCUUGCGAGCGUUAAUGAGGCGACAUCCACAAGGCAAGAUCUGGAACUUUAACGAAGAGGGCGAGGCAUCGUCGGAGAGCGAGCUAUCCGAUGGUUCGCCAGCAUCGAGGUCCAGCACUGACUCCACAGAAGGUUCCGUAAAACGUACAGCCCGCAGACGACGCAGUAGGAUCGACGAUGGUCGUGAGCUUCAACGCCUGUUCCCAGGCGUCCGUUGUCUGGCCCUCGUCGGCAUGUGGGAUCCGAACAGAGGGAGGUGGUUUUCCGCGUGCGCUGUAUGGACCUUCUCACCGCUGAGACUGUUCUCCACCGAAUCGGAACUCCACUACCUGUCCGCAUACUGCGAUGUGGUAAUGGCUGAAGUGCAUCGCCUAGAAGCGAUAAACUCCGACAAAGCCAAAUCGGACUUCAUCUCGUCUAUCUCACAUGAGCUUCGCUCGCCACUGCACGGCAUUCUUGGUAGCGUGGAGGUAUUACAAGACUCGAACUUCGAUAGCUCUGGCGAAGACUUGGUGUCGCAGAUUGAGAUCUGCGGCCGGACGUUACUCGACAUAGUAGACCAUCUUCUGGAUUACAGCAAGAUUAACCAUCAUAUCAAAGUCAAGGAGCCGACCGGAGAACGCUAUGCUGAUAGCCGGACGAGGCCAAGACUCUCCUCGAACUCUGAGAGGAAAGCGAGGCUUGGCAAUAUGAUGGUCCUGGAUGCUGAUGUGCCACUUGACGAAACGACCGAGGAGGUUGUGGAGACCGCAGUGUACUCCUUCUGUUGCAGUCGAGGCAAGCAAUUUAUCCUUGACCGGAAGGUGGCUGUCACCCUAGAGAUAGACCGCUCGGCGGAGCUGAACUGGCGUUGCAAGCUCCCACUUGGUGGCUGGAAACGCAUAUGCAUCAAUCUCGUUUCGAAUGCGCUCAAGUACACCUCUGAAGGCUUCAUUCACGUGUCGCUGAGGGCGCAGCCGAUUGCGGGAAAGCGUAAGCGCUUCAACGCCGUGUUCCAGGUCAGGGACAGCGGUCGUGGCAUGUCGAAAGACUUCCUCGAGAACCACCUCUUCAAAGCUUUCUCGCAAGAAGACAGCCUAAUCGAAGGCACUGGUCUUGGCAUGAGUCUCGUUGCUAAGAUAGUGAAAGCUAUGGGCGGCAAAGUCGAGGUCCAAAGCGAGAAGGAUGUGGGGACAACGAUGACCGUGACCGUACCUCUGGAUUAUGGAAAGGCCGAUAAGGAUGAGCAAGUGCUAGUCGACCAACGUGCGGCCCGCACGCCACUCAACGACAUCUCGAUCGCCAUCUUAGCUACCGAAAAAGCCGCUCAUGACGAUGGCAAAGACGGAAAGUCUGUGCACGACACUGCCCGAUCCUUGAUAAUGAGCAGCAUACGCAGCAACUGUGAGCAGAUGGGGGUGAAUGUCGUCCAGGGCAGCGUGGAAGCCCCUCCUUCGGCUGAUAUACUUCUAUUGAUGGAAGACGAUUAUCUCGCGAAGAUGCAGUCGGCGCCGCUUCGCGUGGAUAAACCGCUCUUGUUGCUCUGCAACAGUGCAAUUUCAGCGCGAAAGCUUCGAGUCGAGGGCAGGGCGGCCGGACUGACAACGCAAAUUGUGGAGUACAUCGCACAGCCGUACGGUAACGAAAGGCUUAUCAAGGCCAUCAAGAAAUGUAUGGCUGGGCCACAGGACCGGGAAGGUAUCACCGCCCGGAGUCAGCCAGCGACAGGUGCUCUAAGCGAUCACCAAGGCAGCCUUGUACUUAAAGGCGUAAGCGACAUUGACGAUAUGAGCGGUCAUGCAGCGCAACUGCCACAUCGGAGCAAGGACGACAUGGCUCAUGGUACGUUCAAUGACGGCAGCUUGCAGUCUCCGCCAGUGUUAUCCCCAAGCUUGACCGACGGGCUGAAGACACCAGCGAUCGGUGAUGCGUUCAAGUCCGCUCCGGACGACUACCUGUCUGCUCGGUCACGUUCUACCGGAGACCAGUCCUUGUCGCCACGGGCUGUCGACUCUGGUUCGCCCAAAGAUCCGACCGCGCAACUGACAACGAAAAGCGUCCGUCCUUCUGGCCUGUCGCUCUUGCUCGUCGACGACAACCAGAUCAACUUGAAGCUGCUGUCCAACUACGCAGCCAAGCAGGGACACCACAAGAUAGCAGCAACAGACGGCCAGCAGGCCGUCAACAUGUACAAAGCCGCCUGCAUCGCCGGUAACUUUCUGAAUGGACAGACGGGCAAACAUGGCUUCAACACAUCCGCAACCCCUCCGGACCGGCCGCAGGUCAUACUGAUGGACAUCAACAUGCCGGUGCUUGACGGCUUCGAGGCGACCAGGCAAAUCAGGGCGUUUGAGGAGAAGCACAAUAUCAAGCCGGCGCACAUUAUUGCUUUGACUGGCCUUGGCAGCGCGAGCGCGCAGCAAGAGGCGUUUAGCUCCGGCGUCGAUCUCUUUCUGUGUAAGCCGGUGAGGCUUAAGGAGCUCACAAAGGUUUUGGCUGAGAUCAAGUCAUCGGAGAAAGAUAGUAGCGACGGUGCUACUCCGGCAUAAAGUUGGCUCUUUUGAGGCGUAAUGCGCUGGAGAGGGAAGGGUUAUGAUGCAUUGCGAAGGCGUUCUCAAGCAGAGCGCCCAAUAAGCCUCUAACAUUGCUAUGGCGUUGCGAUGUCACGACGGCUACUUCGCUGAAUAGAUUUGUGAUGAUCGGGCUCAAACCUUUUUCAGGCACGAAGUCUGUACCUCCGUUCGCUUCGUAACUCUUCCUCUACUAAGUUAAUAUGUGGUGCCUUCCAUGUGCUCAGGAUAGGAGAUUCCAUCAUUACCUCAAGAUGGAGCGCCUACGGAUAGACUGUGCUACCACGGACGGGCACGUGUCGCUUUCCUAGUGGCAGAUGUUAGCAGUAGCAUUUUUUUAGUAAGUGUGUGCUAG